CUAGAGAAAAGAAAAUGUUAAGAAAAUCACAUGGAAGAGAAAAUACAUGUACUAUACAUUAAGUGGCAGUGGAUCAUCAAGGAUCUUCAUCCUUAUUGUCUUCACGUUGAGUAGCUGAAGAGGAGGAGGAAGAGGAGGGUUGGUUUUGCUGUCUCAGGAAUGGUGAAGGCAAAAGAAGAUCUAUGUGUAAGUGGACCUGCAGAGUUCAAACCCUUGGUGUUCAAGGGUCAAGUGUACUUACAUCAUCUUCCACAGCAGCCCUGCAUUCCUGCAAGUUGAAGACACUGAUAGAGAGUCACAUUCAGAUUUUGAAUACUGGCAGGAACAGGGCCCUCCCACCCUUGCACAGGGAUACCACAGGGAAGGGACAUAACUUUGUUGGGGCUAUAGCUGUGGAGAAGCAGUAGGGCCCAUAUGGUCUAGGAUACUAACAUCAAGUUAGUGACCUUUCGAGUGUGUGGUGCGAAUUGGCAGAUAUGGGAGCAAGCAAUUUUGGCCCAGGUUAAUGGUGACCUUUAGGUUUUGCCACCUGGUAUCAGGAACAAUGGGAUGUUGCAACCAAGGGCACAAGGCAAAAUAGUAAAAGGCACUGUGGUUGUGGCAGAUGACCUUUCAUGAUUGCCAAGGAGAACUCAAGAACCAUUUGGACACCUUGCCAACAAAAGAGGAAGGACCAGGGACUGGAACUUCACAGAUCUCCCACCUCCCCUGCCCUGGGCUCAGAACCGAUUUCUUUGCUUCUAAUUAUGGGAAUUGCAUGUUAGCUGCUACCUGUGUAUUCCAAAAAUUUAGAAUGCUGAGCCAAUUAGGGGAAAUGUCUUUACAUUAGGAGGGAAACUCCUUUCUCAUGAUUUUGCUAUCCUUGUGACAGUUGGAGUUUGAACAUUUCUAAUCGUUGAUACACGUUUUUUCUCGUGUCAGGGAAAUUUAUUUCAAGCCAGGUAUUUUAUGACAUUAAGGAUGUAGUCAUCGUUUGUAGUUCGUUUUCUGGAGUAUCCUGUUCUUUUUAUAGAUAGCUACGUGGCAUCUGAAUUGUGUAAUGAUUCUAUCUGUUCUUAAAACUUUAAAUUUGUUGUAGUAUGAAAAUUGUUCUUGUGCAUUGCUCUUUGGGGGGCAGAAAAUGCCAGUGUCUUUUCAGAGUGAACAGUGGCGUGUUGGACUUUUUUCUUUUAUCAUCACUGCCCCAUUUGGUAAGGAACACAGAUCAUGUGCUGAUAUUUGGACUGACUCACCUGAUCCUCCAGUGAGAAAUGUGAUGCAUAUUGUGCUUUCAUGCUGGCAAGCUUGAGAACUGAAGCUGUUUUUUUUUUCUUCCUCGUUUGUGAUGGUCUUUGGAAUAUAGCUGACAUUGUGAGUUAAGCUUUCCUAUUGGAGAACAGUAAAGACCUAUACUUACAAGGUAUGAAUAUCAGAUGUUCAUUUGAGAAACAGAAUAGCAAAAACAAAACCACGUGAGAGGUCAGGCACCUCAUCCAGCACCACUGCAACAGCUUCUCUGGGGAGGCCUCAGCCUGGCCCUGUACUUGGAGGUUGCACUCAGGGAAAGUGCUUAUAUAUUUUCUUCAUCUGCUUUUGGGAGAUACUUUAAUGGUCUAACAUGGCUCUUGUCCUCAUCUAAACUAUGUUUAAGGCCAAAGAUGAGACCACAUCAUGUGGCCUCUCCCCAAGGAUGCAUGAAAAAAGAGCUCCUCUUUACGUCAGUGAGUCUUGGCUCAGCAUGAGCUGGCUUCAUCUUGGGUCCUGCAUCCUCAAUCCUGUCUUUGUCCCCUCUCGGUGGAGCACAAGUCAGACAAGAGCCUGCCCCGAUGAAGCCAGAGGCCUCAAAGCAGCAGAGAAAUCUCUCCUUCGCAAGUCACAUAUGCCUAGACCCUGAGAGUAUAUGACUAUUACCAUGAAGAGAGGCGCCUUCUGCCCCUGAAGAGCAGUCUUUUAUAAUUUCUUCCUUCACCCUCCCUAUUUGCUUCUCUAGGUGUGUCAUGUAGCCAGAAUUUAAUCAAGUUAAAAGUAACGUAUUUUUUGUGUGUCCAUGCUAGGAGCUUGUUGUUUCAUGCCAGACAGUAGGAGAUAGGUUAUUUUAAAUGCAAAUAUGUCUUGAGGACCACAGAAGGGAAAUAAGUACUGUCUUGGAGAAUCUGGAUUGGGUGAUGGCUACAACUAUGGAGCAUAUAAAAGAAGUUUAAGACUAUUCUUGCUUUAAGGCUGUUUUGAGAUUUUUGUGAAACUCACUGAGAGAUCCAGAGACAACCUGAAUAGUGGAUCCUGAGUUCAGAGUGUCUGUGUUUCCCUCCCAUGUGUUCCCAGUUCUUGGGGUCCUGGCAAUCUGGACCACCUUGACCAUUGAACCAGUGCUGACAGAAAGGCAGGAAAAGCAGCAGCUGCUUCUCUUAUCCUCAGACUCAAGGGCCUCACGGCUAGGUCCCUGCAAAGGACAUUGGCUUUCGUGAGUGACUUGAUCACACACUGAUGUUUCAAGGCUGGGUGCUUCCCAACUGGAGCCCUGAAAAUGCUUGUGUGACAUCCCUGGAGAAGGCAACAAACCUGAAAGAAACUCCCACGAAGUAAAUCACCAGGACCGGAUGGUUUUCAUCCAAGAGUUGGGGAGGAAAUGAAGUGUGAAAUAGCACAGAUACUGAUGAAGACAUUAGUUCUCCAUUAAAACCACAACUGUGUCAGAGCAGAGGAAGUUUGCUAACAUGAUGACCUUAUUUCUAGAGAGGAGAGAUUAGUGGCCUCUCAGAAGCCUCUUGAAAAUCUGGGCCACUUGGAAAGAAUAACAUAAAAUCCGAACAAUAACACAAUAAACUUUAUUUCCUGAAAGCAGGUAAGAAGGAUAUUUUGACAAUUUAUGCAAAGCAGCAUUCCAGUGGAGAUCUUAGAAAUAAUAUGAAAAUGAAUAUAUAACACAUAUAUUGCUACUCCCUACUCUUGUGUCCAUGAAAGACAUGACUAAUCAAUCUGGUAGGUACUCUUUCCUUUGAGUUUGGAUUGGGCCUCAUGCUUCUGAAUUUCAGGCUCUCAAAUGCCACAUUCAAAUGGCUAGAGUUGACAUGCGUGUUGAAACUCAUUUGCUCUCCCUUCCUAAGAGGCUGUAUUUUUUUCUGGUUCACACCACACUGACUCAUAAUUAAAUUGUAGAUAAUGACAAGAAGGAGGUCUUUCACAGGUAGUUUAGAGUGUGACAAGAAACAUGUUACAUUCUUUCUCCUAAGGACUGCGUUAGCAGAACAUUUACCUUUAAAUAAUAAUAUUUAUCUUGUACGAACUGAAUUCAGAUGUGUAAUCACAACUCAAACCAUGGUAGAGUCUUUCUGGAAGGAAGAGAAGUCACUUCCUCUGAGGCAAUAAGCAGCAUGUUUCAGAAGAUCGUUUUGAGAAAUGGGGAUCAAGAGCAAGAUCUUUCAAUAGGUGUUUCCUUGUGGAGUUGAAAAAAGGUUGUCAACAUUGAGUCCUGCCAUAACAGUGACUCUGUGGGGUAAAGGCGAAGUGAGGUAUGCUUUGAGAGAAGAGCUGCACUGAGGCCCAGAGGGGAAAAGAGACAAGCAGGUUGGGCCCUAGAGAAGUUGAGCAACUUCAUGUAAAACCCGAUGUUUCUUUGGGCCUAGCUUUUGUUUUAGGAGGGAGCAGAAGGCCAGCUCUGCUGCUGGUCUGAGAAUCCCUGGGCAGUCCCUAGAACAAUUUUCCAUUGGGUUGAGAAAAGCCUUCUUGUGCUAAUAAUAAUUAGAGCAAUUUGGUUAUACUAAUUAUCCUGCAGCCUAGUGGUCUCUAAGUAAGAGGAUAUGUGAUAGAGCCAAUCUCUUGGUGUAGACUGUAAGCUGGACUUUUAAAGAUGUUACCUGGCUGCCCAUUAUAAAAAUGAGCUAUUUUGCUUGAUCAGUGAAAAGUGGCCACAUAUGUUUCUUAACAGAGAAUCAGAAUGUAGGAAAAGCCACUUAGCAUGAUAGAGACCCUGACUGUACUGUGAUCCUUCAUUGAGUCACCACUCUGGAGAUGGCCAGAUGCUGUGCUUCAGAAACCAAAGGAACAAAUAGGGUCCAUUGGUCAGCACACUGGGCAGCACACUUGGCUGACAGACCCUCCAGCACAUAACUCUUGACCUUGCUCACGUCUUGCAGAUUCACAGAUCAUGGAAAGAGAUGCUGGGAUGGUCAUUUUGUCUAGAUCUUUGUCUCACAGGAGCAAGCAGCUAACAUCUCCAUUUUAAAGAUGAGGCAAUCGUUGCUCAGCAAGAGUGAAUGAAGUGCUGCUGCUGGGGGAGGCAUGAAUGAGAUUGAGGAGGUAAUCCAGGCUCUCGGCAAACAGCUCUUCUCACUUCCCCACUUUGCUUCCCCAAGUCUCAGUUUCCUCAUCUCUAGUGGGUACUGCAUGGAUUUAGCAAGUAUGGAUUAAGCAUGGUAUUGGGAGCACAUUGAGAAAUCUCUGAGGGCUAAAGAAUUAAAUGUAGUGCUGAUAACUUAGAUUCAUGAGACACUUUAUAAUUUACAAAAUGCUGUCAUCUGCAUCAUUUUGCUGCUUUGCUGGUGCCUCAUUGAGUUGGGUAAGCAGUAGGAUUUCUUCUCCACUUUUCACAAAUGUGUCAACUGAGGUGCCACAGGGUUGAAUGGUUCCUCAAGGUCACAUCUCUAGGUAGAGUCGGAAUCAGGACUCACCCUCCUGCUUCCUGAUUCCAAACCAGGAAUAACAUGCCUACCUUCUGAUUCUGAAUCCAGGGUUCCUUUCACCAUAAAAUGACAAAUCAUGCCGAGUUGACUGUAUUUAUUAUUCACUGUAAUGACAACAGAGAGUCUGCAGUGUCACAGUGUGGUAAAAAUAGAUGUUUAGCUGUGAGGGCAAGGAGGUUCUUGGUAGCAAACAAUCUGAGCUCACCAAAAUGUUCUUCUCAUGGGCAGGCUCGGUUGCCAUAGCCUUUGGGAAAGCCUUGGCAGGCCUACCGGGGGCAGCCUCACUGACUCACUGUGUCCAGCUUUCCCUGGGGAGCUGCCUCUCAGCCCCAGUGCCAGACACAGACAUUGCCUUAGAGGUCAUGAGGUAGAGGGAUUUCUUCUGAGAUCCGGGGACCACUGCCUAAGAGCACAUCUCCGGUAAGGGGACUGGGUUGCAUGUCCCACAACAGCAGACUUGCGGUGCAAACUUUUGGCAUACGUAAGGAGAAAGACCCCGGUGAGCUUGGGGUUCCUGUGCCACUAAUAUUUUCCUGGGAGACAGGGGAAAAGAGAGCCAGAGUAAAAGCAGCAAGGCCAAAGGAAAAACCACGUUUUCAUUCACUCAAAAGUAAUUUAUCAUUCAUCUACUUUCCCCAAGUAAGUAGAUGAAUAUGGAUUGUAACUUACUCCACUUAUAUAUACGUGUAUGUGUAGUUAAAAUAAAGAUCAAUGGAAGAUAAAGAAUCAUAAAGAGAAAGUGAGAUGGUCUCAGGUGGCCAUUUUAAGAUUCACUGCUACAUGGAGAAACACAACCCCUCAUUCUUCAUAAAAAAGAUAAAAAUAUAUUUUUGUUGAGAUGUACCAUUAGUAUUCUGUGUCAUAUUCUUUUGAAUAUUUCUUUCAUUGUAAGUAUCUGGCUGAGGGAAAACGCAUUUUGUUACAGCAGAAGAGAGCUUGGAAAGAUGGAUGUUUAUUACACUUGAAGAAAACCUAUCAGACCAGUGUGGUCCUUAAGACCUUUUAAAGUCAUAGGUUCCUUUGAGAAUCUCAUAAAUCCCAUGCCGCCUCUCCCCAGAAAAACACAAGCUUUCGCAAAUUUAUCUUAUCAUUUUGAGUGACUCGUAAGCCUCCAAAGCCUAUCCACUGACUUUAGUAACUUCUUCAUUUAAAUAAUUAGAAAUCAAUAUUUUGUAUAAUAAAUUUUUUCUUUAUAAAAAAAUUCAUCUCAAACCAUGACUGUAGUUAAAUGUACAUGUAUAGCAAGAGUCAUAUAAAAUAUUCUGAUAUCUAUGACAUUUCCUAGCCUAUAGCAUUUGCAUUUUAAACAUGUAUUCAUUGCACAUUCACUUAUAGUUUUACUCGCCUUACUUUUUUAAAGAUGCUAUAUAUUGUAUACUUUAUUGUAAUUUGCAUUUGAUAACAUUUGUGUAGUACUUGGUAUAUAAAGGAAAAUCUGCCUUCACUCUUAAAUCAAUGUUGAUUAAGUGUAGAAUAUGGUAUAUAAAGUAAUACUUUAAUAUAUACAACACUCAUACGCCAUCAAUAAGAUCUUAUCCUCCAGACUUGUGAAUUCUUGGAAAAAAUUACUUCCACAUGUUCCUAAAAGUACUUAAAGAUUUUUGACUGGUUGGUGGUCCAUUGACUCGAGUAUCUGACCUGUCAAAAUGCCAUCUUUAAACUCCAGUGAUGCAUAGAGGCCAGGGUUGAAUUUAUUACAGAACAAAGAGAGGUGAUGAUUAACACACCCAUCUGAACAGUAGGGGGGGAAAAUAAUCCUUGAAUGGAUUAGAUGCCAUGAUCCUAAAACCGCAUUCUCUGAGAGUGUUGGGUUCUUGCCCAGGAAUGGGAGAGGCCAAAUGCUGAUGCUUUUUAAAUGGCAGGGUUUCUCCAUGGAACUCUGGUUAGGGACAGUGGGGGUAAAGAGUUUGGGGUCAAUUGAGAAAAGCCUUUCUUUCUUCUGUGACCUAUCAGAUGGAGGGCCUAGACCUGCUCUGUGUGCAGUAACCCUUAAGACUUACAGCUCACCUGACUAGUGUUAUAUAAUUAUCAGUCUGCCUGUCUGGGUGGAGAGUAAUAUUAAUAUGUAAAUAAAUGGACUUAAUUUUUAACCACUAACCAGAACUAACUUAUAAUUUUGGGGGGACUCUGGUAUGCUGCUUUCAAGACCGGUAUAAAUGCUGCCAAGAAGAUGAAGUGAAUUCCUAUAUACACUGUUCCACUGAGUUGUGACAUAGAUAGGCUCUCUCUCUUCACUGGCAAUAUCUGCUAGGUUCUGAACACUCUCAGGAUAUGUUUUCAGGGAAAUUUAUAUUUGUAAGAAGACUGCAUGAACAGAGUACUAAACUCAUUUGCUGACUGACUUUCCUAUUCUCCUGUCUUUCCCCUGACAUGUAUUGCAAGCUUUAUAAAAAGUAUGGAUUUUUAGACAGCAGUGUGUAAUAGCAUUGAUGGCGAUUGACUCAAAAGAGGCCUGUAACAGAAGGACACCAUCCUAAGAAGGAAACGGACCAGCAGAGGAAAGUCAUUUUGACCCCCCCAUUCCCUGGGAGGAGGAGUGCUUGAAUCGCGAGCCCAGGUGCUCAGGAAAUCUCCUGUCACUCUGAGAUGGGUUGGAACAUGGUGCCACGUCCAAGCUUCUAAAUACAGUUCAGGCUGGGUCAUCAUGACAGAUGCUGAACUGGCACCACUGUGGGAAUUGAAGUGGGAACUCUGACAGUGCUUAAAUGCCAUGGCCCCUGGGCUCAAAGUCUUCCUAGGCAGGGACAGGGCGAGGCAGAGCAGAGUCUUGUGGGGAGGAGGGUAGGAGCAACAUUGGCAAGGAAAUCCUGCUGUCUCGUGACACUACCACUCCUUCAGAAGGCAACAGACACUCAGUAACACACCAGCUAUGUUGGAAGCUGUCAGUUUCUGAAUUGCUGACACACUUGAAGGACACUGUCUCUUCAAGGGUCAUUCUGACCCUUUAAGAUUCCGAGCAGAGCACUGGUUCAGACUCUGAGGUGCUCACUGAGCGGACUUCCUGCUCCUUCAGCACUCACACUGACCUGGCCUCUGGCGCUGCAGGCCCUGUGCCUGCUGCCAUGUCUUCCAUGGAGGAGAUUCAAGUAGAGCUUCAAUGUGCUGACCUCUGGAAGCGGUUCCAUGAUAUUGGAACUGAAAUGAUUAUCACCAAAGCAGGCAGGAGGAUGUUUCCUGCCAUGAGAGUGAAAAUCACUGGCCUAGAUCCACACCAGCAAUACUACAUAGCAAUGGACAUUGUGCCUGUGGACAAUAAAAGAUACAGAUAUGUGUAUCACAGCUCCAAGUGGAUGGUGGCUGGCAAUGCUGAUUCCCCUGUGCCCCCAAGAGUUUAUAUACACCCUGAUUCUCUAGCUUCUGGAGACACCUGGAUGAGACAGGUGGUCAGCUUCGACAAACUCAAGCUCACCAACAAUGAAUUGGAUGAUCAAGGACAUAUCAUUUUGCACUCUAUGCACAAAUACCAGCCUCGAGUUCAUGUGAUUCGCAAAGACUUCAGCAGCGACCUUUCACCCACUAAGCCUGUUCCUGUUGGGGAUGGGGUGAAAACGUUCAACUUUCCUGAGACUGUGUUCACCACAGUUACAGCCUAUCAGAACCAGCAGAUUACCAGAUUAAAAAUUGACCGAAACCCUUUUGCUAAAGGAUUCAGAGAUUCUGGGAGAAACAGAACUGGACUUGAAGCCAUCAUGGAGACUUACGCGUUCUGGAGACCUCCUGUGCGCACACUCACCUUCGAAGACUUCACCACCAUGCAGAAGCAGCAAGGAGGCAGCACAGGCACUUCCCCAACAACCUCCAGCACUGGGACACCAUCCCCUUCGGCUUCUUCUCAUCUUUUAUCUCCAUCCUGUUCUCCUCCAACUUUUCACCUGGCCCCCAAUACUUUCAAUGUGGGCUGCCGAGAGAGCCAGCUGUGUAAUCUAAACCUCUCUGAUUAUCCACCAUGUGCCCGAAGCAACAUGGCUGCCUUGCAGAGCUACCCAGGGCUGAGUGACAGUGGCUACAACAGGCUCCAGAGUGGCACCUCUUCAGCCGCUCAGCCCUCUGAAACCUUCAUGCCUCAGAGGACUCCAUCCCUGAUCUCAGGAAUACCAACUCCUCCCUCGUUGCCUGGCAACAGCAAGAUGGAAGCCUACGGUGGCCAGCUGGGGUCCUUCCCCACUUCCCAGUUUCAGUAUGUCAUGCAGGCAGGCAAUGCUGCCUCCAGCUCCUCAUCACCACACAUGUUCGGGGGCAGUCACAUGCAGCAGAGCUCCUACAAUGCCUUCUCCCUUCACAACCCUUACAACCUGUAUGGAUACAAUUUCCCCACCUCCCCUAGGCUAGCCGCAAGCCCAGAAAAACUGAGCGCCUCUCAAAGCACUUUACUCUGUUCUUCUCCUUCCAAUGGGGCCUUUGGAGAGAGGCAGUACCUGCCCUCAGGGAUGGAGCACAGCAUGCACAUGAUUAGUCCUUCACCCAAUAACCAGCAGGCAACCAACGCUUGUGAUGGCCGGCAGUACGGGGCAGUUCCAGGCUCCUCCUCCCAGAUGUCCGUGCACAUGGUUUAAAGGCCAGUCCAAAUACCACGGAGCAUAUGACAAUCAAGGCCCCAGAGUCUCCGUGGGCAGAUCCUCCUCUUUGGGCGUCCAGUGCCUUUGGAAAACAGGAACUGUGUAUUUUUUUUUUUUUUUCCUGGAGGAAAACGUAUACCCAAGAACAAGGGACACCUUUAAGCCACUGAAGGAUACUUGCGGUAGAAUCAUCCACAACUCAGUGGCCAUUCUCCUGCUUUCCCAGACCUUAGUUUUAUAAAGCAUUGUCUGUUCCAGAGUGGCCUUUGAAGAGACCGCAUAAUCACUUCGUCAUAAUGAUAAGGGAGAUGCUAGUGUGUGGCAGCCAUGAAAA